AUGUUUAAACAUAAAGAAGUUUCACCAACACUUGCAUCUCAAGGAAUAAUUGGCUUUAAUUUACACUAUGGACCUUUUGCUCAUCACUGGUGGCAUGAAAUUUCUACUGAAAAUGGCUCAGAAUUUUAUCCUAUUUGUUUAGGCAUGACAAUUCUAACUGAACUAAAUAAACUUAUUGAAGAAUCUGUUCAUAAUACCCAAUUUUCUCAUAAUGAAAUUCCUAAGGUAGAAACUAUAUGUAAUUGGGUUUCUAGUUACUCAGCAGAAAUGAAAAGAGAUGUAGCUGAUAAAAU